AUGGGACAUCAAAGCCAACCAUCCCUUCGGGAGUUGAAGACCCGUCAAGAUGCGCUCAACUUUAUCUACAUGUAUGGGUAUCCUCUGCUCGAGUUUGGAAAGUUCGUGGCUUCAUCUCCCCGUGCUUCCGUCAACACGCUCUACCAUGACCGACGCCUUUCGACGGACGCCGACCUGAAAGUCAUUCGCCCCAAUGGCGAUACUUUGUACAGUACUGUACUCCUAGAUUUGUCGGCGCAGAUGUUGGAAUUUUCUAUCCCUUCCAUACCAGACCGCUACUGGUGCUGGUCAUUCUACGACUGCUACGGAAAUGAUCUCGCAAAUGUCAAUAGUCUGCAGAAUCACAAACCAGGCAAGUUCUUGGUGCGCUGCUCAGAGGACGAGGAACCUGGUCUAAGUCUUGAUUGUUCACGCGGCGAUAUCGACGGUUAUGCAGGCUGUAUCACCAUGUCCAGUAUGUACGGUAUCUGCCUGGUACGAAUUGCCACAACGCCAUCAAUUGCCGAUCAAAGCCUCGCAAACAGAUAUCAAGAUCAAUCUCGAGUCGUGGUUAUCGAAAGAGGCGUGCCACCCGUUGCUGGUCCUCCCUUCGAUCUGUCUCUGUUCACGCAACCCGGCUACCGUCCAAGCAAGGACAUCUCGAUCGUAGAAAGUGUCCUCCGCCUCACUGCAGCUCUCGCGCCAAUUCUUCCAUCUCCAGUUCGUCGAGACCGGCCGUUUAUUUCCAAAGCUUUGUCGAUGAGCGGGAUUCAGGACGGCAUCUUGACAAGGGAUUCAAGUGGUGAAGCUGAUCUCUCCAUCCUCCCGCGUCAGGCUGAAAGCGAAGCCAGGGCUGCCCGCCGGGAGCCGGGGGGUAAGCUGGACCAUGGCAAUGGAUGGGUGUCUUGGUUCCCUGAAAGCAUGGGUAACUUUGGUUCGGACUAUGCCGCCAGGUUUGCCAUCGCAAAGUACGGAUACCUUGGUCUGACACCGGAUCAGGCGACCUAUCCUUCUCUGGAGGGGUCCAUCUACCUUGCUCCGGGAAAGGCACUUGUCAUCCGAUUCUCACGUCGGCCAGUUCUCAACCCGGGAGGCUUUUGGAGUCUGACGGCGUACAACGCCCAGCAGUACUUCAUCCCCAACCGACUAAACAGAUUCUGCCUGGGAGACAGGGACAACCUGAGGUUUGUGGAUGGAACGCCUCUGGCGGACAAGGGAAAAGAUGGGCCUUUUGAAGUCCUUGUCCAGCCUGCCAAUAGCCCACCGCCCAAAGAAUGGACUGACAAUUGGCUACCGGCUCCUGCUGGGGGUGGGAAGAUGUCGGUGACUUUGAGAUGGUAUGGCGCAGCGCCGGAAAUGAUGACGGAAGCGUACGAGUAUCCCCGCCUUCGCUACGUCGAAAUGAUAGCGAAGUCCCAAAAAGCCAUCUUGUGA